AUGCCUCGCCCAAUCCCCAACGCAUUCCAGAACAUCGCGCUUCGCUCUGGUAUCGCAGAGCAACAGGACUCGAGCCGAUGGGACCCACAGAACCCGCCCUCGUUUCCGCUCCCGCGUCUCUGCCUCAAAGACAUAGAUGACGACGUCAUCGAGGUGCAGGUCUUCGACCGGCCGACAACAGGGCGACGGGGGAUGGUAUGGGCAGUAGCAGCGCGGCCAGAGAAGCAGCUCUCCGCCAACCAGUACAUCGUCCUGAAGACGUCCACGAGGACGAGCGGGGCACUGGGCGCAGUUCGUCGUCGCGGGAGGCCCGACGCCGUGCAGCCUGCGCGUCCCGGUCCCGUGGGUGUGCCUCAGCCCAAUCGAAUGCCAUACCCACUCGACGCGCUACCUCACGCUGCCGAAGACCCUGCGCCACACCCCUCGUUCUUGAGCAGCCCCCUCAUCGCGAAGGAUGAUGAGAACCCGUAUGAGUUUGAGGUGUGGGAAGACUCUGCGGUGCUCGACUUGCGGCUCGCUCGCAUCUACAACAUUACAAUAUUGCCUGAGGGUGCCAGGAGGCACUAG